UCACUGUGAAAAGGCAAGGAGCCAUUUGUUCCCGACUGUCACAGAGCGGAAACCAAGCUCCUGAGUGGAGGGGGAGGGAAGACAUUAGUGAUUCCCACGAUGGCCAUCACAGAGUUACAGAAGAUUGGUGUUGGUCUGACGGGCUUCGGUUUAUUUUUCCUGCUCUUUGGUGUGCUGCUGUAUUUCGACUCUGUUCUUCUGGCCUUCGGGAAUAUUCUCCUUCUGACUGGUUUGAUGUUCAUCAUUGGACUCAGGAGGACAGCCCACUUCUUCUUCCAAAGACAUAAGUUCCGUGGUUCUUUCUUCUUCUUGGGAGGCAUAUCUCUGGUGCUGUGCCGUUGGCCCAUCAUUGGAAUGCUGAUGGAGACUUAUGGCUUUGUGCUUUCAUUCAGGUCCUUCCUCCCCAUGGCCGUGGCAUUUGUGCUGUCCUCUGUGAACAUCCCUCUCCUCCCUUCUUAACCCUUCUCCAGCAGCUCCUCUACGGUCUAAAGAAAAUAACCUGUUGCAGCACGGCGGGAAUGCUGAUUCCUCUGAUCCUGCGUGACCAGAGGGGGACGACUGAUAAGCGACUGCACGACAAUCAAACUCUUGUCAUUUGGUUUGCAUGAGUGGGAAUUUACUUUUUAACAAUGUGUUAUGUGUUGUACCAUAUAAAGUGACAGUUAUUGAUGAAAAAGAAAAUGAUUAGCUUUUUAAAAGUGGGAUUGAAAGAAAUCUGAAUAAAAAAGUUUCUUUCCAACUUUUUUGUUGGAAUGCUGAA